AUAAUGCCUUGCUUUCUUUGGAACUGAAAGUACUUAAAAUUAGAAAACAUCCUGGAACUGUCUUGCUAGGUUUUGAUCAUGUGUCUCCGUCCCUGAAGCGAUCUCCCAGGAGGUAUUCCAUAGUUCCAUAGAAGGCCCACGAAUGAGAAUAAACAAGACCCCGCCCAACAACGGGAAGCGGUGUUGAAUAGCUUUUUUAACCCCCCCGGAACUCAGCGUCAUUUCCCGCACCCUGGGCGUGGUUGCCUUCUCUUUGCCAGUUCUACUGGGCUUGAUACCGGUGUUGAAGAAAAUGAAGGCUUCUCGGAGCUCAGAGCGUCCGGGCCCCGCGGGGCGCCUUGUAGCUUUCAGCCGCGGCGGAGCGAAGCUGGCCAUCCUGCUGCUGUUCCUUCCGCCAUCAGUUUUGGGUCAGUGCAAAGCCCCAUCAUGGUUUCCAUUUGCCAACCGUAUAACUCAAACUGAUGAAUCCGAGUUUCCCAUUGGAACAUCUUUGAUGUAUGAAUGUCGCCCAGGAUAUAUCAAGAGGCAGUUCUCCAUCAUAUGUGAACAAAACUCAGACUGGACAAGUGCUGAAAACAAGUGUAUACGUAAAUCAUGUACAAAUCCUAAAGAUCUUCAGAAUGGCAUAGUAAAUAUAAUCACAGACAUUCAGUUUGGAUCCAGUAUUACUUAUACUUGUAAUACAGGAUACCGCCUCAUUGGUUCCUCUACCGCUAUGUGCAUAAUCUCAGGUAACGGUGUCGUUUGGGAUAAUGAAGCACCUAUUUGUGACAGAAUUCCUUGUGAAGCACCCCAAGCCAUUACCAAUGGAGAGUUCGUUACUCCUACAGAAGAUUUUUAUUAUGGAAUGGUGGUCACCUAUCGCUGCAAAACUGGUGAUAGAGGGAAAAAGCUCUUUAAUCUGGUGGGUGAACCAUCCUUACACUGUACCAGCAAUGAUGGUGAAGUUGGAGUCUGGAGUGGCCCUCCUCCUCAGUGCAUUGAACUCGGCAAAUGUACACCUCCCCAUGUUGAAAAUGCAGUCAUGGUGUCUGAAAGCAGAAGCUUGUUUUCCUUAAGAGAUACUGUGGAGUUUAGAUGUCAGCCUGGCUUUAUCAUGGAAGGAAUCAGCAGUGUACAGUGUCAAGACCUAAACAAAUGGGAGCCAGAGUUACCAAUCUGCUUCCAGGGUAAGUCUGAUCAGGGCUUGGGGAGCAUGCCAUGCCAUGGGGUGUUGGAGGACCAGAGGGAAUGUGAAAUCAAGAAGGGUCAUGUGUUUGUGGUGUUAGUACACCCUCACAACACAUCCAUUCAAACUGAGAAGAAGCUAAAUAUGAACAAGGAAUACCUGGAAAAUGACUAUUACUCUGGCCAAAUCAUUUUACAGUACACUACCAUUUUCUUCCUUAGGUUUCAAUUAAAAGGCAAUUCUGCUAGUUACUGUAUUCUGGCUGGAAGGGACAGUAUUUGGAAUAGCAGUGUUCCUGUGUGUGAACAUAUCUGUGGCUUUGUUUCUCUUUCAGACUCAAGCCAUGUUCACAUAAUUGGCAUUUGCAUUGGGGUAGUCAUCUUUAUUUCACUCAUCCUUGUUUCCUGUUGCCUCAUUCUAAAAUAUAAAAAAGGCAACACCACAGAUGGAAAGUGUAAAGGAGUGAGUAUCCAUGUAAAGUCUGAAGAAGACAGUUGUAUUAACCCUCAAGCUCUGCUCGCAAGUCAAGAGAACAACAGUUCCACUAGCCCAGCUUGGAUUGAUUCGCCCAAGAAGCCUUCUCAAUAGCCACAUUGCAAAAUGAUGUCACUUUCUGAAAAAGUAUAUCCUACCUGUAUCACUUUUAAAACAAACUGUUUUGUUUUAAGAGCCAGAUGUGUGGUUCAUACAUGUAAUUCCAGCACUUGAGAGACUGAUACAGAAGAAUUGCCACAAGUUCAAGGCCACUCAGGACAUUUUACCUCUCUCAAAAAUAAAAAUAAAUAAAAAUAAAAAA